AUGGCUGCGACGAAACCAAUCUUAAUCUCGGGCGGCGGCCUCUCGUCCUUACUAUUGGCUCAAUCACUUCGACUAUCUAAGAUACCCUUCAAGAUAUUUGAGCGUGAUUCUUCCUUUUCGUUUCGCGCCCAAGGGUACCGACUGAGGUUGUCAACAGAAGGACUCGAGGCUAUUGAGUCAGUUUUGGACCCUCAAACGUGGCAAAAAUUCUGGGACAAGUGUGGUAAAACAGGCGGCGCCGGCUUUACUGCAUAUGAUGCCGUAACUGGAGAACAAACUGAGCAUGCUGCUCCCGAAACUCUGGCUUCGCGAGGCGGGAAAAUCGUCGGAAUCGCUCGAGGAGACAUGCGCAAAGUAUUCUCAGAGGGCUGCGAAGAGUACAUUGAAUGGAACAAGCGUGUGGUCGGCUACGAACUAAGUGACAGCGGCGUUUUCGCCAUCUUCGCCGACGGAUCGAAAUCAGUCGAGGGCUCCAUGCUUGUUGGAGGCGAAGGCAUCUACUCCAAAAUCGCAAAGCAGGUUUCAGGAGGAAAGCUCAAAGUCUACGAUACAGGCGCGAGAGGCAUUCACGGCCAGGCGCCAACGGCAGCUUUCAAAGGCCUCGGCGAGGGCGUCUUCUCCUUGCGAGAUAAGACACGCCCCGAUGGCGCUGUGUUUAUCAUCACGAAUGUCCGCCCCGAUCAAAUGGAUGAUCCUAAUGUCCAAUUUGGGUGGACAAUGGGAGGCCAGCCCGGCAUAAUCAAGGCCCCGAACGACGAUUACACAAUCGUGGGUAAGCAGGCUGCUGACAUUGCAAAAUCGUUCGUCAAAGACUGGCACCCGCGGUUCAAGCCUCUGUUUGACGAGAUGAUCGAAUCGGAGGCGGCCUUUUGGAAAAUCACUUGCUCCACGCCAUCUGGAGUGCCGGAAUGGCCGAACGAGCCUCGCGUUACGGUAAUCGGCGAUGCGGCGCAUUCGAUGACGCCAGCCGGGGGCAUUGGAGCUAAUACGGCGGUUCAAGAUUCAGCAUUGCUUGGCAGGUUGUUACGCGAGGCUGGUGGUUAUGCGCCUGGUGUAACUGCGGCGUACGAGCGAGAGAUGAGAGUCUAUGCAAGCAAGGCUGUUCAUACUAGCUAUUCGACUGCGGUUGGCUCAUUCGGCGUUACGAUUGAUGAAAAUACCACUCCUACCGUAUAG